AGCCGCACCGCGCCGCAGCGGCCCGGGUCUGCACCGCCCGCGGGAGGCACGCGCGCCGGGCCGCACCCCUGCCCAGCAUGUCUGCGCUCGAGUGGUACGCCCACAAGUCCCUGGGCGAUGGCAUCUUCUGGAUCCAGGAACGCUUCUACGAGUCGGGCAACCGCGCCAACAUCUGGCUGGUGCGCGGGUCCGAGCAGGACGUGGUGAUCGACACGGGCCUGGGGCUGCGCAGCCUCCCCGAGUACCUGUACUCCUCCGGCCUGCUGCAGGACCGCGGGGCCAAGGAGGACGCGCCGCGCCGGCCGCUGCUGGCGGUGGCCACCCACGUGCACUUCGACCACUCGGGGGGGCUCUACCAGUUCGACCAGGUGGCGGUGCACCACGCCGAGGCCGAAGCCCUGGCUCGCGGGGACAACUUUGAGACGGUGACCUGGCUGUCGGACAGCGAGGUGGUGCGGGCGCCCAGCCCCGGCUGGAGGGCCAGGCAGUUCCGCGUGCAGGCGGUGCAGCCCACCCUGGUCCUGCAGGACGGUGACGUGCUUAACCUUGGCGACAGACAGCUCACAGUCAUGCACAUGCCAGGGCACUCCAGGGGCAGCAUCUGCUUGCAUGACAAAGACCGGAAGGUUCUCUUCAGUGGGGAUGUGGUCUACGAUGGCUCACUGAUUGACUGGCUCCCGUACAGCAGGAUAAGCGACUAUGUGGGCACUUGUGAACGUCUGAUAGAGUUAGUGGACAGAGGCCUGGUUGAGAAAGUGCUUCCCGGCCACUUCAAUACCUUCGGUGCAGAAAGGCUUUUUCGGUUGGCUUCUAACUAUAUCUCAAAAGCUGGCAUAUGUCACAAAGUGUCUACUUUUGCCAUGCGAUCCCUUGCGAGUUUAGCUCUCCGUGUAACAAAUUCUAGGACCUCACCCUAGGGUCUACACUGGUACUGUGUUUUGAUUAACUAUGUAAGUUAACCCAGUUCAUUUUGUGCUGUUUAAAAUGGUUAACAUGAAGAUUUCAAGAAGUGCUUUUAUAGCACUAUUGUGUGUUGGAGAAAAAAAAUUGAGAAUGAUAAGCCAGAAAAGGAAAGUCUUAGUUUUUUUCUUUCUUUCAAGUAAGAAACCAUUUAAAUAAGCUUAUCAUUUGCCAAAGGUGUCAUUUUGUAUUAUUUGCUCUAAAAAUGCCAUAAGAAUACAUAGAAAAGCAAAAAGGCAUUUUAUAGCAGGAGAAAGAAUUUUCCUUGCCUGCUUUCCUCAUUUCCUAGAUCACCUAGGAAGAAACACGUAUAGAGUUUAAUGCUUGUGCUCUAAACUUGGUUUUUUAUUUUAUUAUUUAAAGAUAAAGUUCCUUGGGUUUAAGACACACAUUAGAAACUCAAUACUAACAGAUUAACACUUAGAAUGACAGGUAAAACAUCCUAUGGUAUGGUUCUAGCUCUUUAAUGCUUCCUUUCAUUAAUUUAUUAUUUGUGUAAUAUAGCGUACAUAUAUACUGUGUAAUUUAACUCAUGAAAAGUAUAAUAAAUUUUGUUUUAUUGCAAAGCUUUAAAUAUAAAUUGCAGAAUGCUUUAGUAAAAAACUACUAUAUAUUGUUGUCUGUUAUUCUGUAAGUAAUAUUUUCAAUGCUAAAGGCAGAAUUCAAAUAUAUGUAAUCUAACUGCAAAUUGUCAGAUUUCUCAAAAGGACACUGUCAGGCAAAUUUGAAAAUAUACACAUUGAGAAUAAUUUUUUAUUAUAUCCUAUUUUAAUAUUAACAGCUACUAUAAACAAAAUUUCUCUUGUUAAAUAGCAAUUUCAGUAUUGUGUCAUGUUUUACAGAUGUAUAGAGGUCUAUGACAUCUUGAUAUAAACCAUUCUUUUACUUAACAUAUAUAUGUAUCACAAAAGGAUUUUCAAAUUAAUUGCAAUGCGUGCAUUAAAUAUUGACCUAGAGUGAAUUGCCUUUCUUAUCCUGAUUCACAACACCUCUUCCUGUUCAGUAUUCUUUGUCUUAAAUGAAAACAAGUCUACAUUCAUAAAAUCAUAGGAAAAGUUAAAUUACUAUUUAGUAGAAUGUUUUGGGUUGGUGCUCUUGAUAAUAAUUUAUUUAAAAUCCUUUUUGGAGUAUUUCAUAAAGGUUUUUUAAACAGUUUUUCACUACUUUUCUAUUAUUGACAUGUCUAAAACCAAAUGAUGUAGCUUUGGAAAUUAGAUCUUUCAGUAUUAGGAAGGUCCAAGAAUUUUGAUUUCUGUCAAAUUAUGUAACUUUUUCUACCCUGCAGACACCUAGAUUCUUUAGGCUUUUAAAAUUCAUUUAGUGCACACACAUACACCCCACACACAUAUACUCAUAGCCACAUACAUACAUGCACAGCACUGCGAUAAACACUGUGGAAACUUCAAAAGUCAGAGACAUUGUAGCUGGAAGUUGAAGGCACAUAAAAUGUGAAUGGUUAUAUAUGCAAAUAGAAUUUAAUAUAAAAAUGCAUGAGUGUAAGGUGCAUAAAGGGACAGGUGUGAAGUCUGGUUAGGGAAAAUAUUCUGGAGGAGCUUUUAAGUCAGAAAUAGAAGAAUGAUUUGUUCAGUAUCAGGGCAGGAAACAGAAAGACCCAAGGAUAGGGAAGUAAGAAUUACUGUAGAGAGUAGUUUAUUCCUUGUGACAAUAUAAAUUUAAAUUUUAAGAAUCCCAGUUGUUCCAAGCACCAUGUAUUCAGCAUGAGAAAGAGUGGUUUGUGAUUGUGUAUAUGUCAUCCUUAAUGACAGAUGUGCUGAACUGCCACAUGCCACCAAGUGAACCUUUACUGAGAGUCAGAAAGGAGGUUAUGAUUGGUUCCAAUACAGAAUCCCAUGAGAGUUCUCGGGGGUGGUCACUCAAAGCAGUUGGUCAGUUUCAGCUGAUAGUGCAACAUCCGGAAUAUAGAUUUGGUUCAGGGCAAUUACAAUCACUUAAGGAGCCUUAAAUAUAGCCAUUAUUUUUAUAUCAGUAGCACAAAAGAAAACCAAAAGUCCUUAACCACUGACCAUUUUAUCAUACUUUAGGAAUUUUUUUAAAAUCAGGGUAUAGUAGGCAUUAAGUUUUAUUAGAAAUAUUGACUCCUGCUGAAGGAUUUCCUUAUUUGUUAGAAGUGCAAUUUUUUUAGAACACAUUUACAUUAUUUUUAAUUACCCAUAUUUUUUCAGUUUUUCAAAUUAUAAUCCAACAUAAGACUGUGAUAUUUUGCUGUUGCCACAAUGUGAAUAAAAUGAGAAUAGAUUGGGGGAAGGAUAUCAUUCAUUGAGUACUCACAUUGUACAUUUUGAAUAUGCAUUAUUUAAUUUAGUCCUUGUCCCAGCACCAAGAGAUAAUAAACCAGCCUCACACAACAGGACUAGGAACACAGCUGGUAACUGAACACAAGUCGUCUGUUUGCCCCUAAACUGUGUUCUUUCUCUUAGACCUACACAACAUUAAAAUUGGCCAAGUGUAUUUUUACUUUCCCAAAUGCCACAUGUGCCAAGAAUAAAUCAAAUGAUGCUAAAGCAUAGUAACAUAUUUAAAAAUAACUUUUAAAUAUAUAUUUUCACCCUGACAGUGACCCUUGUUAUAAUUUAUGAUUUUUGGAAAUAUUAGUAUGUAAGUAUAGUUCAGAGUUGUCAAAAUGUAAGACAUUUAGGAAUAACUUAUUUAUAUGGUUAAUAAUCUUUGGACAUUCAUUUUCCUUACGUGAUGUCUCCUUUUAACUGAGAAGCUUAAAACCUUGUGUGUUAUCCUGAUGUAGUUGAAUAAAUGUGUAUUUGUUAUGUGGAUAGUAAUAUGAAUGUGACAUGCACAAAUUGUCCCCUUAUAAUUUCAAGUACGUAUAAACAUUGUGUGAUAAAUAUUAAAGUGGAUGUUAUUUCAAUCUUUAAUUUGUACUUUCUGUAAUAGCAGAUUUCCAUUCCUUAUAAGGAUAUUUUCUGUGUGAGAUGCAGUUUGAAGUGUUCAUAACAGUAAAUGUCAAAUCUGUGGGAAAGAAUAUAGAACUCAGAAAACACCUAAUCUAUGAGUACUUCAUAAAUAAAUUAUUUCAAAUCAGUGGA